AAUUGGGUAGAAAAAGCAGAGAAACAGAAACUACUGUCAGACACCCUUGACCUUUCAGAGCUAUUUCAUCCAGACACAUUUCUCAAUGCCUUACGCCAGGAGACUGCAAGAGUAAUGAGCUGUUCAGUGGACAGCCUUAAAUUUACAGCAUCAUGGAAAGGACGAAUACAGGAAGGCAAACUCCAAGUUAAGAUCAGUGGCUUACAACUGGAAGGUUGCAGUUUUGAUGGAAAUCGACUUUCAGAAAAUCUGCAUGAUUCUCCCAGUGUGUCAUCUGUUCUCCCUUGUUACAUGGCCUGGAUUCCACAGGAUGCGUAUGGUCCAUAUUCUCCAGAGGAAUGCAUAUCUUUACCAGUCUACGCUAGCGUGGAGAGAGACCGUGUGGUGACAAAUAUUGAG